ACGAACCACUCCUGCAACGACACGCUGAAGUCGACCUAUGAUCGUCCCGCAGCAGCCAUCCUGGCAGCUCGCAGUCUCGCGCCGUCUCGGCCUCGUGUGCGCCAGCCUCGCGCUCAUCGUGCUCGUCGCGCAGGCUUCGCCGCCUUCUGAGGUGUCUGACGCCUCUGAGCAGCUGGAGGAGCGGGUGCCAUCGUGCUAUCCGUUCUGCGGAAUGGAAGUGGUCGUGCACAAGGGCUACGGGCUCGAGCGCCACUACGCGACCACGCCCGACGGGUACAUACUCGGCCUCUUCCGCCUGCUUCCUCGUGGCGAGAAGUCCGCCGCUCGGCUCGCCCGGAGCCCGCCGCUGGUGCUGCAGCACGCCCUGCUCGAUUCAUCCUUUGCCUGGGUAUCCAACUACCACAAGAACCAGUCGCUCGCCCUCCUCGCCAGCGAUGCCGGCUACGACGUCUGGCUCGGCAACAAUCGCGGGAACGUCUACUCGCGCAACCACACCCGCCUCGACCCCGACGCCGACGCGGCGUUCUGGGACUUUACCUUUGAAGACAUGGCGACGGCAGACCUGCCCGCCACACUGCGCUACGUCCUCGAGCACCGCGCUGCGGAGGCAGCGGCCGCAGGCGGCGGAGGAGGAGGCGGCGGCGGUGGUGCUCGCGGCGGCGAUGGUGGCAGCGGUGGUGGUGGCAGCGGCGGCGGCGGUGAUGAUGGCGGUGGCGGCGGCGGGGAUGGUGGUGGCGGCGGCGGCAAGGGCAGCGUCUCUACAAGGCUUCGGCUGCCCGCGAGGUCGAUUGGCUUCAUCGGCCACUCGGAAGGGACGAUGCAGGGCUUCGCGGGCUUCUCGCUCGCUGAGAACGCCGAGGUGGCGGAGGCAGUCGCUCUCUUCGGCGCCCUCGCGCCGGUCGCUUUCCUCUCCGGGAUCGACUCGCCCGUGGUGAGCGGAAUGGCGGCGAACCACGUGGACGGCCUCGCUUCGUGGCUCGGCCUGACCGAGCUGCUGCCCGGCUCGCGCCUCAACGGCUUCUCGUCGCCGCUGUGCAGCUGGGUGCCGCUGCUGUGCGACGGCGUGCUCGACUUGGUGACCGGGGCGAGUGACAACCUCAACCUGACCCACCUGCCCGUGCAGCUGGCGCACACGCCCGCCGGCACGUCGGCCAAGAACCUGGCCCACUUCAUGCAGGGCAUCCGCGACGGCCACUUUCGCCGGUUCGACUAUGGCGACGAGGCGGAGAACGCGCGGCGGUACAACGCGACGCGGCCGCCGGACUUCCCGCUUGCGGCGGGCUUCAAGGUGCCCGUCGCGAUGUGGUCGGGCGCGCGCGACUCGCUCGCCACUCCGGCGGACGUGGCGCGGCUGCAAGAGGCGCUCGCGCCGACGGGGAGGGUGGUGCACCACGCGGAGGUCGAUUUCGCGCAUCUCGACUUUACUUGGUCGACACGCGCCGCGGAGGCGGUCUACCAGCCGCUCCUCUGCAUGAUGCGCGCACGGCUACCGCCCGAGAGAGGGCCGUGCGCCGCCGAGGCUGCAGCCGAGCCCACACCCGGCCUUGCAGCCGAGCCUGCGGCCGAAAGACGGCGCAGCGGCGUCUUGCAAUGAGAAAGUGCGAAGGUCUCGCGCGGCAGCUCGCUCGCUCGAGGCCGGCUCCUUCCUCCCUUCCUAGCAGCCUAGGAUUCGGUUCGCCUCUUCCCCAUCCAAGUCCCCAUCUCCCUCUCGCUCUCGCCCAUCGCGAGAAUGGGGUCCCCACAGUAGAGUAGUUCAUGCGCAUCUGGGUGUGUUACAUGCACAGCAUACAGUGUCCAGCCUGUCAGAUUCGCGCGUCGUGUCGGUCGAGAGCCCCUAUUCUUGCGCCCAUUUAUUUUCGCGAGCCUGUGGUAUCUGUCUACUAACGGGCUGAGCGGUAUGCGGUAUGCCGCGCCCGCGGCAAAUGCCGCGCCCGCGGCAAAGAGUGAGGGCUCGACGGAGUGCGAGUGGGCGGAGAGACAGAGAGCGUCCGAGACCGAGUCAGAGGUGACAGCACUGACAGGUAAGGUAAGGUAAGGUAAACGUCUCC